AUGCCGAUCGACUACAGCAAGUUCGACAACAUCGACACGGACGACGACUCGGACGACGACGACGCGCGGACGAAGAAGAAACCGCAGGAGACGCCGUCGUCGAAACCCGCCGCGUCCGCCGCGCCGUCGUCCGCCGCGUCCGACGCGAGCGCGCAGCAGCACAAAAACUUCCACUUCGACGAGACGAAGCUCGACGACUGGGGCGUGAAGCGAAUGCGCGAGCUCCUGCACAAGGCGGUCGUCCGCGAUCGCAUCGCGCACGAGGACAUCGAGCUCGACCUCGACGUGAAGCUAGUGGAGAGAGUCAUCACGGGCGAGUGCUGGGUGCACGUGCGCAAGGGGAAGAAAGUCUGCGGGUACGACUUCGACAUCAAGCUGGACUGGGCCGGGAAGGUGGGCGACGGGAUGCCGAUACACGGCUUCCUGGAGACGAACUUCACGGUGGACGACGACGACUUCGACUUCGUCUUCGGCGUGAAGCAAGAGGUGCCGUUCAAAGACGCGGUGUUCGACGCGUUGCGCGCCGUGUUCGUGCGCGCGUGCGACCGGUUCGUGAAGGAGCUCUCGGAGAAGGGCCCGAAAAUGGAGGCGCGGACCGGCGCCGGGUGGACCGGGGAGGCGAACGUGCAGGUGGGGCAGUACACCAAGUACGAGGAGGGGCCGGACGGGGUGAAGAAUUUGCAGGAGCGCGCGCGCGCGAUGACAGUCGGGGAGGGCGGGGAGGGCGCGGACGACCACGCCGCGGGGGAGGGGAAUAAGCACCAGAGACGGUUGCACACGUCCGCGCCGACGCACUGA